CCUCCCACAUCCCCGCCUCCCCGAUCCCAGAAUAUCCCAAAUCCCUGAUCCUGGAGCCCCCCACCCCGAUCCCGGAGCAACCCACACCCCUGAUCCUGGAGCAUCCUGUAUCCCUGAUCCCAGAGCAUCCCACAUCCCUGAGUAUCCU